AGCCUAUCUCUGACUCCGACUAUCACCAGCAUCAUCAGCACAACAAACUACCAUGAUUAACAAUCCUAUACGCAAUAAACCAGCUUAAAGCUCUCUGUCACGACACUGUACACCAGUUCGACUUCUCUCACAAGAGCUACGCGGUGAUUACCUCUCUCACACUACACUUAGUCUCUCUCAAAAACAGAACUCUCUAGUUCUUUGGACUCUGGUUUGCACUUCGAAAUUUUUUACAAAUCUGAGUUUCCAACGGCUAGUGGAUAAUAAAAUACCAAGAUGGGUGUCGGGGAUGACGUAGCACCCCGCUUUACACAAAAGCCCACAUUGAAGCAGGAAAACGGGGGAAAGAAACUCGUAUUCUUAUGUGUUUUGGAAGCGUCUCCAGAACCAGAAAUAAAAUGGUUUCUUGGAACUACACCAUUAAAUCCUUCAGACAAGCUGAAAAUGCGCUUGGAACCUAAAGGAGGCCCUACCUAUAAUGUCAUCAUGGAUCUAUUUAAUGUAAGCAAAGAGGAUGCUGGGACAUACAAGGUGGUAGCAAAGAACAAACUGGGAGAGGUAUCAGCGACAAUCAAUCUGAAUCUUGGAGGAGCCCAAAAUCAACAAGAGGGCUUGGCACCAAAUUUCACUACCAAACCAGCAACUCGCCAAGUUGGUAAGAAUCUUGUGAUGGAAUGUCAACUCAGUGCAGAUCCAAAACCUACAAUUGAAUGGUUCCGUGAUGACACAAAAUUAGCAGCAGGAGGCAACAUUACAAUGCGCAUGGAUCCGAAAGGGCCCAAGGCUUAUGCCCUCACACUAGAAAUAAAAAACGUUGGUAAUGCUGAUGCAGGGUCUUAUAAAAUCGUGGCGAAGAAUGAUCUUGGAGAGAGCAAUGCUACCAUUAAGUUGAACUUUGAUAGUAUGGGUGCAGAACCGAAAGGCAAACCUAUGUUCACCAGUAAACCUGCAAUCCGACAGCUCGGAGAAAAACUAAUCAUAGAGUGUAAGCUCACAGCUGAUCCUAAGCCAGAUAUAGCUUGGCAACUCAACAACAAAACUGUAUCUCAAAAUCAGCGGAUUAAAAUGCAAAUCAGAUCUCUUGGUAAAAACCAUACAAUCUCUUUAGAAAUCAAUAAGGUAGGCAGUGCAGAUGGUGGUGAAUAUAAGGCUAUUGCUAAAAACACUGCUGGUGAAUCUACAGCCACCAUCAAUUUAAACUUUGAAGGUAAACAAACGGAAGCUGGCAAGGCUCCACAUUUCACCCAAAAACCUAUUAUAAAACAACCUCAGAAAAAUCAACUUACAAUGACAUGCAAUCUUGAAUCAAGCUCCCAACCUGUUAUCAAAUGGUUUCGUGAAGCUACAGAAAUCAAGCAAGGUGGACGUUACACUAUCCAAACAACUAAGGACCCUAAAGGUCCUAAUAUGUAUAUUAUCGUGCUGACAAUCAAAGAUCCAGCACCAGCCGAUGGUGGAGUAUAUAAGUGUGUUGCUUCAAAUGAGAAUGGUGAAUCUAAUGCAAAUAUUACACUGAAUUUCCAAGAUACAGAAAAAACUGAGCCUGCUGGCAAAGCACCAAAUUUCACAGAAAAACCUAAAAUAGCACAAGACGCAUCAGGGAAAAAUAUCCACAUGGAGUGUAGUUGCAUAGCUGAUCCAAAACCCACAAUUACUUGGUAUAAAGGCAGCACCCUUUUGAAAGAAAACAACAGAUUGAAAUUGAAAACAACCCAAGAUAAAGAUAAAUAUACCUUUAUGUUGGAUAUAUUGAAUUUCACUAAAGAUGAUGCGGGUGUGUACAAGGUGGUCGCUAAAAAUGCACAUGGAGAGGGCACUGCAAACAUCACUCUCAACUUAGAUGCCCAACAAAAGGACAAAGAUGCAGAGAAAGAUGCAGAAAAAGAUAAAGAGAAAAAGACAAUAACGUUAACAGAUAAAGCCACAACUAAAAUUGAACUGGAUAAAAAGCGAGUAACAUUUGAACAGAAAGUUGAUAGCAAGGAGAAGCCAACUGCCCAAUGGUUUUUUGGAAACAAUCCUUUGAAAAGUGGUGGGAGAUACAAGAUGGAUGUGUCACAGAAAGAUUCAAGUUACUAUGCUAGCAUGCAAAUGGAUGAGGUCACCACCAAAGAUGCUGGUCCUUACAAAUGUGUAAUUCAAACACCAUUUGGUGAAGGUGUUCAGCUAAUGAAAUUGUCAUCAACACAACUGAUCCCUCCCAAAGUGAAGGGCGACCCUCCAAAAUUCAUCACAAAACUAACAUCAAAGACAUUCAAUAUAGGAGAGCCUAUGGAUAUUACACUUAAAGUUGCAGGAACUGAACCAAUUACCACCAUAUGGUAUUUUAAUGAUAAAGAAAUCAAAAGUUCCUCAGCUGCAAAUAUUUCUUAUGAAAGAGGUACUGCUCGAUUCUAUAUGUCCAAAGUAACACCAAAAGACGCUGGCGUGUACACAGUUGAAUUGAAGAAUCCUGUUGGAUCUGAAAAAGGAUCUGCAAAUAUGAUUGUUAAAGAGGACGAGAAGAAGAAGCAGAAGGAAGAAGAGAUGCAACGAAAGGAAGAGGAGAGAAAGAAGCAAGAGGAAAGAGACAAAUUAGAGAUGGAAGAGAAAGAAGAAGAGAAAAAGAAGAAAGAGGAAGAAGAGAAAAAGAAGAAAGAAAAAGCUGCUCCCAAGGCUGCCGAACCAGAGCCGAAAGAAGAAGCGCCCGCGCCCGCGCCACAGCCGCCUCUUCCCACUGUCAAUGAGCCCAUCGCUGAUGAGGAUGCAGGUAAAACACCAAAAUCCCGAUCUCCCUCACCCCAAUUCCAAGCUCCAAACAAAGAUAUGCCAAAAAAGGCUAAGUCUCCUCAGCCAUAUCGGAAACAACCUACAACUAUUUUUGAGUACGAAGAAGAGGAUGUAGAUGGAAUCAACAUGUAUCCACCUUCAUUGAGAGGAAUGCCAGACACUGACGGCUAUGAAGCCGAUGAGGAUGACACAGUGAUCAUACCAAAUGGUCACAAUAUUUGUCCAGAAAUUACAACUGAAGACUAUGAUGGACUUUCUGAUGACGACUUCUUCAAUGAAGACGAUGAAGGAAAAGAGAGGGAUGAAGGAAGAAGAGCUUCAAAAGCUCAAAAGGGAGCCCGACCACAAGGCCCAACAUUUUCAAAACCUGCAGAAAACAAGGUUGUUGUUGAGGGCCAGGCUUUGAAAUGUACAUUCAAAAUCGAAACCAAUGACUGUCCAAUGCCUAAAGUUAAAUUCUACCGAGCUGGACGUGAAAUUGUCAAUGACACCCGCUGUGCUAUCCGUGUCAAUGACUUGCUAAAAUGUGCCAGUCUUGAAAUCAAAAAAACUAAAAUUCAAGAUGAGGCUAAAUAUUCUGUGGUGCUGGAACAUGACGGAUACACAUCUGAUUCAACAUCUUUCAGCGUUUUCAUUAAAGAUCCUAAAGAUUCCAGUUUAGAUUUUCGUUCAUUACUUAAACACAGAGGUGAUAAAAAGACAGCUGAUGAUGAUGAUGACUUGGAUUGGGGCCAGUUAAAACCAGACUCCGUAAAACGUGACAAAGCCGAUGAUGGAAACAAUAAGGGAAAUCACCAACUUAAAAAAAUUGACAAGGGUCAGACAGUUGACAAAUCUGGUAGGAGAUUGUCUCAGAUUGAGCUGACACGUAUGAGUUUGAAGAAAACUGAGAAGGCUGGAAGUGAUAGUGAAGAUGAAAAGAAAGAUUCAUCCAGCCGACGACAGUCAGUUGAGAGCACUGACUUACCCAUCAUGAAAGUGUCGGCCGAAAAACUUGAGGCUCUUGAAAACCAGCGUCGCAAUUCUCGACAGAUGCGUCGAGCAUCUUUGGCAGAUGUGAUUCCUGAUUGGCCAACAUUACAACAUAGAAUUAAAGAAAAGGAGGCUCCUGAAAAUUUCCUCAAAGAAUUGGAAGAUAUCAAGGUUAUGGAAGGUACUGAAAAAGUACAAUUCGCUACAACAUUUUGCCGUCCAGGAGCUAAAGUUCAAUGGUUCAAAAAUAAGAUGGACAUUUUCCAUGGUGGGAAAUAUCACAUUGAGAAUGAAGGUGAUGAUUAUACCCUCACAAUUCUUAAUGUUAAACUAGAAGAUGGUGGAAAAUAUAUUUGUCAAGUCAACAACAGUACAACAUCAGGAUGGCUAUACGUUGAAGCCAAGGAACCUGAAUAUCAUUUCACCAAAAAAUUGCCACAACAUCAUGAGGUAGUGAGGAAGAAGGAUACACAACUUGAAUGCUUUGUUUCUGAUCCAAGAGCAAAGGUUAAAUGGUUCAGAAUGGGUGAGCCAAUUGAGUUUGAACCAGGAAAAUAUGAGAUGCAGAGGCGAGAAAACAGGUGCAUAUUAAAGAUUAAAAAUGCUGGUCCAGGGGACGAAGCUGAAUAUUCUUGUGUCUGUGGAAAAGCAUCCACUUACUGUGAUUUAUAUGUUGAAGAACCUGAGUGGGACUUUUUCAAACAACUUGACGAUGUAGAAGCAACAGAAAGAGAAAAGGCUGUCCUUCAAUGUGAUGUAAACGAUAAGGAAGCAGAAGUCACCUGGUUCAAGGGAGACAAGGAAAUUAAACCUGAAGAAGAGCCAGAUAAGUUUGAAGUAGAAAAAGAUGGUAUGAAGAGAAAGCUUAUAAUCAAGGAUGUGACUUUGAAAGAUGAAGGACCUUACACUUGUAAAGUUCUUGAAAAAACAAGCACAGCUGAACUCUUUGUUGAACCUGAUAUCAAGUUCUCCAAGAAACUUACUGACACUAUUGUUAAAGAAGAAGAAACAAUAUGCUUAGAGUGUGUUGCCACUAAUCCACAUAAUCAACCAGUUGUAUGGACAAAGGACGGCAAACCCUUGAGUCCAUCAAACAGGAUACAAGAACUUCACGAUGGAGAUAAGCAUACUUUGGUGCUCAAAGAUGCUUCCAUGAAGGAUGCUGGAAUGUAUGCUUGCAAAUUUGGAGAAAGGGCUACACGCGCUGAAGUCAAAGUUGAUGAAAAACCAAGACCUCCAAAAUUGGAUCCCACUCGUAUUCCUCAUGAAAUUAUUGUCAAAAGAGGAGAGAAGAUUCAGUUGGACCUUCCAUAUCAAGCUGUGCCUAUUCCUAAAGCAAGCUGGAAGAAAGAUGGGGUGAGCCUAAGUUCAGCUGAUUUGGACAUGGAAAUAUCAGAUAAAUUCACCAGUCUCACAAUUCCAGAUGCCCAAAGAUCAGAUUCAGGCGAAUAUGAGCUUACUCUCACCAACAGUAAUGGUUCAGAUAAAAUACCAAUUAAAGUUAAAGUUAUUGAUAAACCCACACCUCCUGGUGCACCUCUGGAUGUAUCAGAUAUUUUCAAAGACAAGUGCCUUUUGUCAUGGAAGAAGCCCAAAGAUGAUGGUGGUUGUCCCAUCAAACACUAUAUUGUGGAAAAGAUGGAUUCCAAUACAGAUGAAUGGGUUGAAGUUGCUAAAGUUAAUGAACUGCAAUGCAGAGUAAAAGGAUUAACACCCAGCCAUCGUUACCAAUUCCGAGUAAAGGCUGUCAAUUCAGAAGGCCAAAGCAAACCACUGAAUACAGAUGGAGAAAUUUUGGCCAAAGAUCCCUGGAGUGCUGCUGAUAAACCUGGCAAGCCAGAAGUUGUAGAUACUGAUAGAGAUUUCGUGAAAUUGAAGUGGAAAGCCCCGAAGAAAGAUGGUGGUGCCCCUAUUGAGGGAUACCUCAUUCAAAAGAAACUGAAGGGCUCAGAUGAUUGGGAAGAUGCCAAGGAAGUUCCAGCUGAUGAAAAAGAAACCACCGUAAAAGGACUGAAAGAAAACAAGGAAUAUGAUUUCCGUGUUAUCGCUAAAAAUAGAGCUGGUAAUUCAAUGCCUAGUGCUACCUCAGGACCAGUUCUUACAAGACCACGUAAAGUAAAACCAAGAAUUGACACCAAGUCUUUAAGAGAUGUCAAAAUUAAGAAAGAUCAGACAUUCUCAUUGGAACCAGAAUUUGUGGGAGAACCACCACCAACUGUUACUUGGGUUAAAAAAGGCUUGGAUGGCAAGACUGUUUCAGUUGAGUCAACCAGCAUUAUUACUAUUGAGAACAAAGAGAAACGUUCAACUCUUUCAUGCAAAAAAGGUGUACGUAACGAUACUGGUGAAUACACCAUCACAAUUGAAAAUGAACAUGGAUCAGAUUCAGCAACUGUCAAUGUUAUUGUGUUGAGCGGACCAGCUCGGCCAGAAGGCCCUCUGGAAGUGAGCAACAUUACAAAAGACAGUGCAACACUGACUUGGAAAGCUCCAGUAGAUAAAGGUGGAAGUGACAUUACCGGUUAUGUUGUUGAGAAAUUUGAUCCUACCAAAGGAAAAUGGGAGAAAGUAAGCAAUGCCGUUAGUGGAACUAAAGUAACUGUACCUAAACUUCAAGAUGGUCAUGAAUAUAAAUUCCGUGUUAUGGCUGAAAAUGUCCAUGGCCUGAGUGAACCUUUAGAGACAGAUAAAAGCAUUAUUGCCAAGAAUCCCUUCAAUGAACCACAUCCUCCAAGCCAACCAACAAUUGUGGAUCAUGAUAGGACUCACAUUGACCUUAAAUGGGAUAAACCAGAAAACGAUGGUGGUGCACCAAUUACUGGUUAUGAUAUUGAAAGGAAAGAAACUAAAAGCAACCGUUGGGUUAAAGUCAACCGCAGCCCAGUUUCUGAAACUAACUUCACUGAUGAUAAGGUAGUUGAAGGAAAAGAAUAUGAGUACAGAGUCAAGGCAGUAAACAAAGCAGGAGAAUCAGACCCAAGCCUCGUUUCUAAACCAGUUACUGCAAAACCAUCCAAAGAGAAACCAAAAGUAAAUCUUGAUAACUUAUUUGGUGCUCGAGAGAUUCGUGUCAGAGCUGGAGAGCCUCUUACAAUUCCUCUGGGUAUUUCGGGUGCUCCAACUCCUACAGUUAUUUGGCAAAAGAAUGGCAAACCUGUAGGCCCUCGUGCUGAAACAACCAGCAGUGAAACUGAUGCUAAGCUCUAUGUCCCAUGUGCUGAAAGGGGAGAUAGUGGCAAAUAUACAGUUAAUAUCAGCAACGCAUUAGGAACUGACACAGCUGACAUUCAAGUCGUUGUCUUGGAUAAACCUGGAAUUCCUGGAGAACCUAUGGAAAUCAAAGAUGUCACAGCUGAUUCUUGUAAGGUGUCUUGGAAUCCACCAGCAGAUUUGGGUGGCGUUGAUGUAUCAGGUUACGUUUUAGAGAAAUGUGAAGAAGGCUCCAAUUUCUGGGAAAAGGUUCCUGGUUUAAUCGCAGGAACAUCUCAUACAGUCAAAGGGCUGAAAGAUGGAAAAUCUUAUCAGUUCCGUGUAAAAGCUGAAAACAUGUAUGGUCUUAGUGAGCCUCUGGUGAGCAAAAAGGUUGUCGCAAAGAAUCCAUUUGAUGCACCAGAUGCCCCACAUGGAGUCGAAAUCACAAAAUUCGAUCGUUCCUCAUGUUCUUUGAAAUGGAAAGCACCCUCUUCAGAUGGUGGAAACCCAAUCAAAGGUUACAUUGUUGAGAAGAAAGAAAGGAAAGAUAAAGAUUGGGUUAAAGCUUGUGUCUUCCCAACCCCAGACACAAAUUUCACUGUACUGAACUUAACAGAAGGUCAAGAUGUUGAGUUUAGAGUUUCUGCUGUUAAUGAAGCAGGUCCAGGAAAACCCAGUAAAACAACACCACCUCACUUAGUCAGAGAUCCAGUUUUCCCAGCUGGCUCUCCAAGCUCUCCAAGUCUUGAUAAAAUCACUAAGGAUUCUGUCACUUUGUCUUGGACACCACCUAAAAAUGAUGGCGGAAGUAAAAUCAUUGGUUACACAGUUGAAAAGAAAGGAAAGGAUGGCAAAUGGGUGCCAUGUACUCGUGCUCCGGUAGAUGGUACCAGCUUCACAGUAACUAAAUUACCUGAAGGAGAAGAGAUGCAGUUUAGAGUUAUUGCUGAAAAUGCAGCAGGUCCAGGAGAACCAAGUAAACCCACACAAGCGGUUGUUAUUGAAGAUCAACCAGAAAAACCAACAAUCGAUCUCUCAGGUAUUAAAGACAUAACUGUGAAAGCAGGACAGGAUUUCAAACUGGCUAUUCCAUUUACUGGAGUUCCGAAACCAACUGCAACAUGGAUGAGGGAUGGUGAACCAGUCAAAGAAAACAGUCGUACAGAUAUGAAGAUAACCAAAAAUUCUGCUGAAUUAGAAACGGUAAAGGCCACAAGAAAUGAUGCCGGUCGAUAUACUUUGAAUUUGAAGAACGCAUCAGGUUCUGAUUCGGUCAGUGUGAAAGUCAAUGUACUUGACCGACCUACAGCUCCAAACGGACCAUUCAUUGCCACUGAUAUUGAUGGUGAAUCCCUAAUGCUUCAAUGGCAACCACCAAAGGAUGACGGCGGCAACCCUAUUAACAACUAUAUCUUGGAGAAGAAAAAGACUGGUACGAACAGAUGGACAAAAUGUAGCAGCUUUAUUAACGCUCCAAAGUUCACUGUUCGCAAUCUUGAACCAGGCUGUGAAUAUGAUUUCAGGGUCAUGGCUGAAAACGACCAAGGUGUCAGUGAUGCCCUGGAAACUGAUGAAGCAGUCUUGGCUAAACUGCCUUAUGAUCCUCCAAGCACUCCCGGAGUUCCAAAAUGUGUUUCAACAACUGAUGAUUCCAUUACAUUGCAAUGGAAUCCACCAAAGAAAGAUGGUGGAAGUCCUCUCUUUGGCUACAUUAUCGAAAAGAGGGAGAAGGGAGACACCAAAUGGACAAAAGCUAAUCAUAGUGAGAUUCCUGAAGAAGAAUUCACUGUUCGUGGUUUGACUGAAGGAAAAGACUAUGAAUUUCGAGUGUGCGCAGUUAAUGCUGCUGGACCAGGUCAAUUUAGUGAAUGCUCAGAAGCUAUUAAAGCACGUCCUCCUCCAGUGGCUCCCAAGAUCAACUUUGAUUAUCUGAACAGAGAUGUCACAGCUGUUUUGGGAGAAGAAUUUAAAAUCGUUAUUCCUUUCACUGGAAAUCCAAUUCCAGAAUCAACAUGGAAACUGGGAAAAGCUUCUGUGGCUGAUGAUCCUCGAGUGAAAGUAAACUCUAGUCCUGAUCAAAUUGUAAUGGUUAAUAGGAAAGCAGAACUGACAGAUGCUGGAAAAUACAACAUCACUCUGUCAAAUGAGAAAGGAUUUGAUACAGUUAGUGUGAACGUCACUGUUGUUGACAAACCUUCUCGUCCAGAAGCUCCACUGGAAGUUUCAGAGAUCACCCCAGAUUCUUGUUGUCUCACAUGGAAUCCACCAAAGGAUAAUGGAGGCAGCAUAAUUUCAAAUUAUGUUGUUGAAAGAAUGGAUGUUGAAAAAGGCAAGUGGGAACCAUGCAGUCGAUUUGUACGUGGUACAACAUAUGAAGUGAUGGGUCUCACAGAGGGACACAGUUACAAAUUCCGUGUAUCUGCUGAAAAUGAAUAUGGUGUAGGAGAGCCACUUGAGUCAGCAAUGCCCAUUGUAGCAGCUCAUCAAUACACCACUCCUCAAGCCCCAGCUACUCCAGAAAUUAUGGAUGUCGAUGAGAAGUCAGUUAGCCUGGCUUGGUCACGUCCUAAAGAUGAUGGAGGAAAGAAGGUUCAAGGAUACGUUGUAGAAUACAAGGAAGCUGGAACAAACAAAUGGAAACCCGCAACAGAUUUUGCUGUCAAAGACACAAUGUACACAGUUGAAGGACUGAAGAAAGACUGUGAAUAUGAGUUCAGGGUCAGAGCAAAGAACAUCGCUGGUGUUGGUGAGCCAAGUAACAGCACAGGAUCAGUCGUGUGCAAACCUAAAUACACCAAGCCUUCAUCUUGUACUAAACCUUAUGCAACAAAUGUGGGCCAAAGCUUUGUUGAACUUAAAUGGGACAAACCCAGACAAGACGGUGGAAGCAAGAUUACUGGUUACAUCAUUGAAAGGAAAGAUCCACAUAGCAACCAAUGGAUCAAAACUAACGACUAUCCAGUAAUUGAUACCAGUUACACGGUAUCAAAUCUACCUGAAAAUUCUGAACAUGAAUUCCGAGUAUGUGCUGUGAAUGCAGGUGGAGUAGGAGAACCAAGUCCUCCCAGUGGACCAAUUAAAGUCAAAGAAAAGAUUGUUGGAUGUAUUCCUGAAUUUACCAAGAAACUGAUGAAUACUACUGCUCCACAAGGUGGUACCGCUACCUUCCAAGUUGAAGUCUAUGGCAAACCUGAUCCUGAAAUUCGCUGGCUGAAGAAUGGUUUAGAGUUUGGCAGCAGCAGCAGAGCUUCAGUUAAACGAGAUGGAGAUCGUUAUACCCUCACUUUAAGUGAUGUCAAUCCUUCAGAUGCUGGAGACAUCACUUGUGAGAUUAGUAAUCCAAGUGGAUUUACCACUACAUCUUGUAACUUCGUUGUUAAAUCUCCUCCAUCAUUUGGUAAAAACAUUGACGACCAAGUCUGUGAAAUUGGAGAACAAUUCAAAUUGAAAGUUCCUUUCAGUGGAACAGGACCAUUUGAUUUUAAAUUGAAGAAAGAUGGUAAAGAAAUUCCUGAAGGUGAUCGUGUAAGAAUAUCUGUCUUUGAUGACUAUGCGAUCGUUGUUUUGAAAGAUAAUGGAAAAGAUGAUUCUGGAAAAUACACCUUGGAUCUUGGAAAUGAAAGUGGACAUGCUUCUGCUUCAUUCAACUUCAAAGUUGUUAGUCCUCCCGCUGCACCAGAAGGACCUCUUGAUGUCUCAGAAAUUACAAAACACACAUGCCAUCUUUCUUGGAAAGCACCCAAAGAAGAUGGUGGAAGUCGUGUUAAACAUUACGUAAUUGAACGACAGGAAGUUGGUAAACCAUACUGGAUAACUGUGUCUUCUGCAUGCAAGGAUACUCACUUUGAUGUCCAAGGUCUCUAUGAGAACAGUGUUUAUAAUUUCCGAGUCUCUGCAGUCAAUGAUUAUGGAACUGGGGACUUCAUCACUACAGCAAGUCCAAUUAUUGCUAAAAUGCCUUUUGAUGCCCCUGGUAUUCCAGGAGUACCCGAUGUAACAGAAGUAGGAGGCGAUUUUGUCAGUCUGUCUUGGGAUAAACCAUCCACUGAUGGUGGUGGUAAAAUCCUGGGAUACUGGAUUGAGAAGAAAGAACAUGGGUCAGAGAACUGGUCCCGUGUUAAUUUGCAGCCAUGUCUUCCUACUAUGUUCAAUAUUCCCAACUUAAUCGAGGACCGAAAAUAUGAAUUCAGAGUGUUUGCAGAGAACGAAGCUGGAAUGAGUAAACCAUCAUUGGCAUCCAAGGUAGUCAAAGUAAAGGAUCCUAAAGCUGCUGUUAUUCCUGAAUUUUCAUCACAUCUGAAGAAGACAGUUGGUGUAGAAGGCAAAAGUGUCACAUUUGAAUGUUCUGUUCAUGGUACCCCCAAACCAGAAAUUACUUGGUUUAAAGGUGUUCGAGAGAUUUACGAUGGUCCAAAAUAUACUAUUGAGAAUGAUGGUGAAAAAUACACCCUCACAAUUAAGGAUAUUUUUGGAGAAGACGCUGACGAGUAUUCUAUCCGAGCAACAAACAAAGGAGGCAGCCGAAAUUCAAGAGCUGAUCUGGAGAUUAAAUCUUCUCCCAAGAUACAAGUACCACCUCGUUUCCGUGAUAUCUCAACCUUUGAAAAGGGUGAAUCUGUAGUACUUAAAAUACCUUUCACUGGCAACCCUAAACCAACAGUGAAGUGGAUCCGUGAUGGUGAAGAACUUCGUGGUUCUCAUUACCAUGUAGAAAUUACCGACAGACAUGCUAUCCUUACAAUCAAAGAUGCAAACAAGGACGAUGAUGGACCCUAUAGGCUUAGCUUAGAGAAUGAUCUUGGUGCUGACAGUGCAAUUAUAAAGAUUCAAAUUAACGAUCGCCCUGAUCCACCAAGAUUCCCUGUUGUUGAAAAUAUUCGAGAUGAUUCUGUUGUAUUGUCAUGGAAACCACCAUUGAAUGAUGGAGGUAGCUUUAUAACAGAUUAUAUCAUUGAGAAGCGAGAACCACCACAUCAAAACUGGGUCAAAUGUGCAUCUACAAGAAUGUGCUUCCACAACAUUACGGGGUUGUCAAAUGAAAAAGAAUAUGAAUUCAGAGUCAUUGCCGAAAACUUCUACGGACGCAGUGAUCCUUGUGAAGAAACAGAAGCCAUUCGUACUGAAGUUCCAGACGAUGUUAAGAAGAAGAAGCAGCGUGAAGACGAAUUUGGUCGUAAGAUCCGAUCCAGCUACACAGGACCAAAGAUCAAUGAUUAUGAUAAAUUCUACGAAGAUAUUUGGAAGAAAUAUGUUCCACAACCUGUUGAGAUCAAAUCAGGAAGUGUAUAUGAUUAUUAUGAUAUUCUUGAAGAAUUAGGAAGUGGAGCAUUUGGUGUUGUUCAUCGUUGCAUUGAGAAGUCAACUGGUCGAGUUUUUGUUGCUAAGUUCAUCAACACACCUUAUCCUCUGGAUAAGGUAACUGUUAGAAAUGAAAUUAAUGUGAUGAAUCACUUACAUCAUCCCCAGCUCAUGAAUUUACAUGAUGCUUUUGAUGAUAAAUAUGAAAUGGUGCUAAUAUUUGAGUUUCUUUCUGGAGGAGAGCUUUUCGAUAGAAUUGCAGCUGAAGAUUAUAAGAUGUCUGAAGCAGAAGUCAUCAAUUAUAUGCGACAAGUCUGCGAAGGUCUUAAACAUAUGCAUGAAAACAGCAUUGUUCACUUAGAUAUUAAGCCAGAAAACAUUAUGUGUGAAACAAAGAAAAGCACACAAGUUAAAAUCAUAGAUUUUGGUCUGGCAACAAAAUUGAAUCCCGAUGAGAUCGUUAAAGUUACAACAGCCACUGCAGAGUUUGCCGCUCCAGAAAUUGUUGACAGAGAAGCUGUCGGCUUCUACACAGACAUGUGGGCAGUUGGAGUACUUGCCUAUGUUUUGCUGAGUGGAUUAUCACCAUUUGCUGGGGAGGAUGACUUGGAAACUUUACAGAAUGUCAAAAGGUGUGAUUGGGACUUUGAUGAAGAAGCAUUUAGCAAUGUUUCUGCAGAGGCAAAAGACUUUAUCAAAAGACUUUUGCUCAGAAACCCAGCGAAAAGGUUAACUGUUCAUGAAGCAAUUGAUCAUGCUUGGCUGAAGGGUGAUCACAGUAAUCUUACACACAGAAUUCCAUCAAGUCGAUACAACAAAAUCAGGCAGAAGAUCAAAGAGAAAUACGCUGAUUGGCCUCAACCAAUGCCCGCCAUUGGUCGUAUUGCUAACUUCAGUUCAUUGCGUAAACACAGACCCAAGGAGUACCAGAUAUAUGAUACCUACUUUGAUCGCCGUGAAGCUGUUCCUCGCUUUGUGCGUAAGCCACGUAAUGUUUUGGCUGGUGAAGGCCAAAUUGCUAAAUUUGACUGCAAAGUCAUUGCAGUUUCACCUCCUAUUAUUACAUGGGCAAAGGAAGAUUCCAUACUCACUCAGAGUGUAAAACAUAUGCAGAAAUACAAUAACAACGAAUAUGAACUGAAGAUCAGCAGACUGAAAGUUGACGACAAGGGUGAAUAUGUUGUAAGAGCAGAAAACUCUUUUGGUAGCCGUGAAGAAGUUGCUAUACUUAAAGUCGAACCAAUGAGAGAAGUCAGCCGUCAACCAUCUAGCCGUGAGAGUACACCUAAAAGGAAGCGUGUGUCACAAGAGAGAGCAGUUGAGAAACCAAAGGAUAUUCCUCCUUCAUUUACUUUUGAUCUUCGUGAAAGAAUUAUUCAGCUUGGUAUUGGAUUCAAGCUUCUGUGUACAGUCGCAGCUUUGCCACAUCCAAAGGUCACAUGGCUUAAAGAUGGUAAAGAAAUAAAGACUGGUGAUCAUUAUAUGGUUACUUAUUCAUAUGGAAUCUGUUCAUUAGAAGUACACACAGCUGAACUUUCUGAUGCUGGUAAAUACACAUGUAUUGCAGAAAACUCACUAGGAGAGGUUCAGAGUUCAUGCCGAGUGAAUGUUGAAAAUCGCAUAGGUGAUAUAAAGCAAAAACCAAUUGGCUUAGAUUUGUCUAAGCAGAAACAGAGCAGAAUUACCCGUGUUGCAAGACGUACCAAAAAUCUUGAUGAUAUGCUUAAUUCUCUUGACAACGAGGAAAGUAGCAGCAGACAUUCCUCACGCACUACUACUUCUACUAGUGAGGAUGGAACAAUCAGAACAACUACAACUGUUCAAUCUUCAUCUUCAUCCAGCAGGACAACACACAAAAACGAAAUUGAUCUACCAAAAUUCACCAAGCCACUUCAGUCGCAGGCUCUGAAUGAAGGUGACAAACUUACCUUAAAGUGCACUGUUGAAUCAAGUGAAGAACCUGAUAUUGUGUGGUCAAUAAACGAUAGGAUUAUUAAGAGUAAUGUUGCUUCCCAAACGUACUCAAAUGGUGUGUGCACACUACAGCUUCCAGAACUCCUUCCAAGUGAUAAAGGAAUAUAUGUUUGCAAAGCUACUAAUUCUGCAGGAGAAUCAAGUACAUCAGCAACUGUCCAUGUUAAAGUGCUUGAAAAACCUGUCAUAACUGAAACAGGAAAUCCACCAUGUGUUACAAAACCCCUAACUGGUCUUGUGGUGAAAGAUGGAGAUGCUGUUUCUUUGAGUUGUGAAAUAUCUGGAAUGCCAAAACCAAGCAUCACUUGGUUACAUGGUGAAAAUAAGGUUGAAAAUUCUGAAGAAUUUGCAUAUGAAAAUAGCGAUGACACCUAUAAAUUAAUAAUUGCUGAAGUAUUUCCUGAGGAUGCUGGUAUCUAUUCCUGUGAAGCAUCAAACGAGGCUGGUAGAACAUCCUGUUGCUGUACUUUGAAAGUUGUUGUUCCAGACGAUGAGGUUGUUGGUCCUACAUUUGUAACAUUUCCUCAAUCUCUAAGUAUUGAAGAAGGGACACUCGCUAGGUUCAGCUGCAGUUUUGAAGAAAGUAAUGUAAAAGUUACCUGGAAGAAAAAUAAUGAGGAAAUUGAAAACACCGGUCGGUUUAAAUUCACUGAGAAUGAUAAGGAAUUUGAAUUCGAGAUCCCAGCAGCCCUAGCUACAGACAGUGGAGUUUAUAAAGUAUCUGCAAAAGAUAGCAAUGAUGUAGUUUCUUUAUGGACUUUUUCCUUGAAUGUGACAGUAACAGAUACAGCAAGCCCAGCACAUGUUGAUGUUCAAGAACUUCUCAAGUCUAUUGAGUGAAAUUGUGCCAGUCAAGAAAUUCAUUUGACAAUCAACAUUCAAACAUUGAGCUAAACCUAUGAAAAACCAAAUGUGAUAGUCCAUCAAAUCUUUUAACUUAUUGUGGAUUAUUACUCUCUGUGAUGAGUGUUUUCAUUUGAUGUACAAACAGCUAAGCAUGUAAUAAUGUUUUAUAAGAUCUACAAAUAAAUGCUCUCCUUCGGCUAUUGGAAUUUGAGCACAAAUAUGUAUAUAUUAAAGCCUAUCUAAAUUAAAGUAUGUAUAUCAAAUUAGACAUUACAGUUAGUAUUAUCGAUUUACAUUAACCAAAUCAGUGAUAAACUGAUGAUUUGUUUGAAGGAACAAUGAAUACAAACAUGAAAUUUGAAUGGAGAUUGAAAAUAAAGAGUUUUUGGAAUAUAAAAAGAUUUAUAUUUUCUUACGCUUUAGGGUAAAAUAUUUUUAUUUUGUUGAGAAAAAUAAUUGUUUAUUACAAAUAAUAGGCCAUAUAUUUAAAAUUUUGAUUUUUUCUUUUUUUAAAUAAAAAUAAUUUAAAACACUAUUUUUCAGUUUCUUUUAUAUUUUUUUGUAUGAUUUCAAACUCCGUGUUUCGCUGAUAGGCUAUAUAUAUAUUUUAUACAUGCUUGGAGAAAUUAAUAUAUUGCAUAUUUAUAGAAUAUUCUAAGCUGCUUCAGAAUAUUUAUAAACUUAAUCAGAAUUUGAAAUGACCAUUGAUCUUUCUUUAAAAAAAUCAAAUUGUUAACUAUUUAUAAUUGUAAAUGAAAAUCGAAAUGUUCGCUAAGAAAAUGUGGGAA